AUGAGCGACGACAAAGAAGAAAAGAGAUGCCCUCUCUGUGCAGAAGAGAUUGACGGGACGGAUCAAUUGAAGCCUUGUCAAUGUGGUUACCAGAAAAUGGAAGAAUGGCGAAGAAUGGUUCCUCCUGGGGUAAGGUUCUCACCAACCCCAGCUGAAUUACUGAACGAGUACCUCAGGCCGAGGGUAAACAAUCAAUCUGUUCCAAAAGGGGUAAUCAGAGAACUGAAUGUAUAUCAGUUCAAUCCGAUGGAGCUUAAAGCAUUUGCCAUUGAUAAUGGUGACAAUCAGAAUAUGUACUUUUUCACGAAUUUACAAAGAAAAACAAAGGAUGGGGUCCAGAUAAGGCGCGGAACAAACGACGGGUGCUGGAGAGCUUCCAACAAAUACUUGAAUAUUUUUCUCGAAACGGUGCUUAUAGGCUUUCGAAAAGACUUGACCUAUACUUGGAAGUCUGGUGGACAUGGACGUUGGCUAAUGAAGGAGCCAGAGCUGCAGAACAAUAAAGAUACAUCUGCACCUGUGCAGCCACCACAGGUGGAGAGUGGUUUUGGUGAAUGUGCCACAUCCAUUGAUACUCGGCCACUGCAAAUCCGUGAUUCGGAUGCAAUCAUUGAGAGAGAUUUGCAGUACUCUGCAGAGAAAGAUCAUGAUAGAGAGGAUCUCAGAGGAAAUCUGGCAAUUGAAAUUGGGCGAAAAACAUCUGCCUUGAAUUCUUGUUUGAAAAAUGUAAGUGAAGGAGAUGGGACGCUGCCUUUGCCUCCAGAAGUACCCAGUCAAUACCAUGCUAAUUCUAAAGGGACCCAAGUAUAUGCUGGCAGGGAUUUUGGCUUCCCUCAUGGGGAGAGGUAUGAAAUUUGGUUAGAUGAAACUGUGGGAAUCAGUUGA